AUGGCACCUAAAAUCAAUGGCCGUGGAGUUCAGGCAGAGGACACCAAGAUUUGUGUGGUCAUGGUUGGCUUGCCUGCACGAGGGAAGAGCUACAUAGCACAAAAAGCCCAGCGCUACUUGCAAUGGCUCUCCAUUGAUGCCAAGACCUUUAACGUCGGCAACUACCGACGUCAUGAAGCACCUCAACCUUCCGCAGAUUUUUUCGACACAGACAAUGCCGAAGGAGAACGUAGACGCCGCGCUGCCGCCGAAGCUGCUGUUGCCGAUAUGUUGGGUUGGUUUCGGCAGGGCGGCGUCAUUGGUAUUCUUGAUGCUACCAACUCCACCAAGGAUCGUCGAAAAUGGGCCUACGACACAUUGACACGCGAGGGUAUCGAAGUUCUUUUCGUGGAGUCCAAGUGCGACGACGAAAAUCUCAUCAUGGCCAACAUCCGGGAUGUCAAGACCACUAGUCCCGACUACAAGGGCCAGGACCCUGAGGAAGCCGCCCUAGAUUUCCGUAACCGAAUAAAAAACUACGAGAAGGUGUAUAGGACGAUCGACGCAGACGGCGAUGAGAACCAUUAUACCUACCUCAAGAUUAUGGAUGUGGGUGCCCAGGUCAUCAUCAACCGCAUACAAGACUACCUGCAGAGCCGCGUCGUUUACUACCUGAUGAAUCUACAUAUCCGGCCGAGAUCAGUCUGGCUCUCGAGGCACGGCGAGUCGCUAUACAAUCUUUACGGGCGAAUUGGUGGCGAUGCGGACCUAUCUCCACGGGGACAUCAAUAUGCCAAAAAAUUACCCGAUUUAGUCCGCCAAUCUGUCGGCGAUGACCGACCCCUCACUGUAUGGACCUCUACAUUGAAGCGUACAAUACAAACCGCCCGCUUCUUGCCUGAGAACUAUAAUCAGCUACAGUGGAAAGCACUGGAUGAGCUUGAUGCUGGUGUCUGCGACGGUAUGACAUACCAGGAGAUCAAGGACGUGUACCCGGAGGACUUUGUGGCUCGGGACGAGGAUAAAUAUAACUAUCGGUACCGUGGCGGGGAGUCUUACCGUGAUGUGGUCAUCCGCCUCGAGCCCAUUAUCAUGGAGCUCGAGAGAUCCGAGGAUAUCCUCAUCGUCACCCAUCAGGCCAUUCUCCGCUGCAUAUAUGCGUACUUCAUGAAGAAAGACCAGUCUCGCAGCCCCUGGAUGAACGUACCGCUCCACUGUCUCAUCAAGCUCACCCCACGAGCCUACGGCACGGACGAGGAGAGAUACCAGGCUGACAUUCCGGCCGUCAGCACGUGGCGUGGUAAGGGUAGCACGGCCAAACAUGAGGACCCUGUUCCAGAAUCGAAUCUAGGCUUUCCCCCAGUGGUCACUUCCCAUUAG